GGCGCCUGUUUCCUUUUGCUUCCCUUCCGGGCUGCGAGAGCGAGCGAGGGCCUGGUGGAGCUGCGGGCGGGGAAGACGGGAGGAAUCCGCUGUCAUUCAGUUCAGUCAUUCGGUCGGUCGGUGAGGAAGGAAGAUGGACGCGCUCGGCAGGAAAGUGGUCGUCUGCGACAACGGCACCGGGUUUGUGAAAUGUGGAUAUGCAGGAUCCAAUUUCCCAGAACAUAUCUUCCCUGCAUUGGUUGGAAGACCGAUUAUUCGUUCAACUACUAAAGUGGGAAACAUUGAAAUCAAGAAUAACAAAAAGAUGGAUCUUAUGGUUGGGGAUGAAGCAAGUGAGCUGAGAUCAAUGCUGGAAGUUAAUUACCCCAUGGAAAAUGGCAUUGUCCGAAAUUGGGAUGAUAUGAAACAUCUUUGGGACUACACCUUUGGACCAGAAAAACUCAACAUUGAUACAAAAAACUGUAAAAUACUUCUGACGGAACCUCCUAUGAAUCCAACGAAGAACAGAGAAAAGAUUGUGGAGGUGAUGUUUGAAACAUACCAGUUUUCUGGGGUUUACGUAGCCAUUCAAGCAGUUCUUACUCUGUAUGCACAAGCUACUUUUACUACGAGGGUAUGCCUUCAAUCAUUCUGCUGAUUUUGAGACUGUUCGCAUGAUUAAAGAAAAACUCUGCUACGUGGGUUACAAUAUUGAACAGGAACAGAAAUUGGCCUUGGAAACUACUGUGUUAGUUGAGUCCUACACGCUCCCAGAUGGCAGAAUUAUUAAAGUUGGAGGUGAGCGAUUUGAGGCACCUGAGGCCCUAUUCCAGCCUCACUUAAUCAAUGUGGAAGGAGUUGGUGUUGCUGAGCUGCUGUUCAACACCAUCCAAGCUGCUGAUAUUGAUACCAGAUCUGAAUUUUAUAAGCACAUUGUAUUAUCUGGAGGCUCCACAAUGUACCCUGGCCUACCAUCUCGCCUAGAACGUGAACUGAAGCAGCUAUAUCUGGAGCGAGUUCUGAAAGGUGAUGUGGAAAAACUUUCAAAAUUUAAGAUUCGAAUUGAAGAUCCACCUCGUCGAAAGCACAUGGUAUUCCUUGGUGGUGCAGUUCUUGCAGACAUCAUGAAGGACAAAGACAACUUUUGGAUGACCAGACAAGAAUAUCAAGAGAAGGGAGUGCGUGUGCUUGAGAAACUUGGUGUGACUGUUCGAUAAACUCAGAGGCUUUUCCCAUCACUGCUUUGUUGUUGUCAUUCCUUUAUUACCAAUCUUUGAGGUCAUUCAGCUACACAAAGUGGAAAGGCCUGUUACUAUCCUUAGACUCAAAGGCUAGGUUUCGUUCUGCUCUUUUUUGUUAGAUAUUUGAUAAUGUGGCUAUAUUUAACUACUUAAUUGGACCACUUCUUUGCAUACAAAACAAGGCCAAGACCUGCCUGCUUACUGCAUUGUUUCUUUCCCAGUGAGCAGUUGGAUAAUUCCAAUACACAUUUCCCCCUUUGCUUUAUUGCUGUAAUGCUAUCAGCUUUUGUCCAUAAGCUGAUCAUGGAUCAAAUACUUCAUAUUAGUAUAAGGACUCAAAAAACAGUAGUUCUCGACUAUCAUGUGAUUGUAGUGAUUUAUUUUUGAUUCUUUUGAUUCUGCCUUCAUCCUUAUUUGCUGUUCGGUGACAUUAUUUCUUACAUAGGAAUUCUGAAAUUAAGUCAAAUUACCAGCAUCCUUUAAAAAAAAAAAUAUUAUCCCAGAACAUUUUUAAACUUAAGUACCAUGAUAAGUGGCUAUGAACAGAUGAAUCAGGCAGUAAAAGUUAAGGAAAAAACUCAAUUACUCCUUCUUUAAAAAGCCACUAAUUUGCUUGGCCGUUGCUACAAAUUAGUUAUCCAAACUUCUUGCAUUUUUUUCUUGGAAGUGUAUUUUCCUAUCCUGAGCAGUAAGAAAUUUUUUUGUGUUCGUGAAUACAUACAAUAGGUUCUCCUCCCCAACCUCCUUGUUGUUUUGAUACCAUUUCUUCUUUCUUUGCUAUUGGGCAUAAAGGGUUAUUGUUUUUUUUAAAAUGGGCAACAUUAGAAUGUCAUCUGGGACUGGAUUUCCUGGAUAUUAUCUAUUAUAAGUAAUAUGUUUUAAAAAAAGUCUGUAAACUUGAAUUAUUGGUACAACAUUACAAAAAAUGGAAUUGUAUUAAAUUUUGAACACAGUAAAAAAA